CAGGACUUCAAGAAAUACAUCAGGUGACUUUAUUUUGAAUAUCAUAACCAAUUGAAAUUGUCAUUAAACAUUACCUAACAUUUUAAAAUAUCUAUAAUUAUAUUUUAUAAUUACUGUUCAAAAAGGCAUCAAAUUAAUUAAUUUCUUAAAAAUUAUCAGUAAACUAUGUUAAAUACUAUUUAUGGAAGUUAUUAGACUAUCUGAACAGUAAUAAUUGUACUGUCAAAAUAUAAAAGCUAACUGUUUUCAGCUAGUUCAAACGAAACAAUCAGUUCAUUGGUUAAUGAUUAAUAACUGGGACUAGUAAGCCGCAUGAACGAGCUCUUGUAACAUUCAACCUACAAUAAUAUUUGUAUUUUGUUGUCAAAAGCUGAAUAAAUAUUUUAAAAUUCUGUUAGUCUUUAAUUAGAAGACAAUUUAUAGAAAUAGUGGACUAGUAGAAUUCUUUAAAUUGGAAAAAAAACUGAAGUAGACUUGGUAGUUUAUUUUGUUUAUUUAAAUAACUAAUGCAUCAUAGAAACUAUCAUAUCUUGUUGAAUAUUAUUUAAACAGUAAUGGGGUCAUCCAAUUACUCAUUCAGGAAUUGUAUGAUCCACAUCAAAUAUAUUGUUAAAGCUUUAAAUUUAUGUAAUUUUUAAAUUUGUGUGAGUUUUAUGAGUUAUAAUGUUUGUAAAAAAUAUUCCGUAAUAAAUGUUAUACAGAUAUCUCAUCAGACAAUAUCUUUGGCAGCCGAUUUACUCAUAGAUCGUAUGGCUGUAUUUUUCUUGAUCAUUGUCACAUCUGGAGUAAUAUAAGCACUAGAAACUACUUUUCUUAAAAUAGUUUUUUUAUACCGGAAAAUAAUAAAAAGGGAGAUGACUGACAAACGUAAAUGUUGAUUUAAAUAACAAGAGAUUUUAUUGACUACAUAUACAUUUGUGAUAAUAAAUUCUACUUUACUUCACCAUGAUAACGUUUUUCCUAACAUUUAUCUAUUAAUACAUAUCCAUCAAUCUUUCGAUUCAUGAAUUAACAACAAAACAAAAGAAAUAAUGAAUUUAGAGGAAAACAUCCCCCCAAAUCGCAAAAUAACUUAUGGUUUAAUAAACUGCUAAUAAAGAGCGAAUGUAAUGAAUAGCGUGUUAUUCGAAAUUUAAUGAAUCACGUAUGUGAUGUUGUAAGGUAAUAAUAACCCUCGAAUGUGUUAUUCAUUAUUGAAUUAGCUACGAUUUUACUGUAGGAGGAAUAUCAUGCUCUGGCACCUUUGUCUUUUAGUGUAAGAAGGAAAACUUUUCAAGAUCUAUUUAGAUUAAAUUUUUGUUGUUUAACUUUCUGGCUACCGGAUACGUCCAUUUACAGUAAAUCAGUCAUCUUUUAAUUUUCCAAACUUAAGCAAAUGAGUUAAAAUAAUAUAUUUCGCUUGAAGUUGUUCUUCAACUUCCACACAGUUACCGAAAUUAAAACAACUGGAAAUAAUAGCAAUGCCGUUAUAUAAGCGAAGAUGGAUAGUGGCUAGCAGUGGAAUCCAGGACGCGCGUUUCAUCUUAUUUGGGACUCAUCAACUGGAUAUACCUGAAUCUCAGAGUCGAUGUUCACUCUGGAACUCGAACCCAGUACCGUUCGCUUCAAACUCCAUAACUCUAUCCACUUAGCUACUGAGUCCUGAUAGCCACCUGCUUGCGCAAUGGGGUGAAAUUUAAAUUCACUUGGAGUUGUUCUACUUGUAUCUUCCCAUUGUUAUUUAAAACUGCAAUUGAUCGGUUUCAUGUUGGCAUAUGUGCAUCCGUUGCGGACGUCCUCGAUAUAGCCUUAAGUCACAAGCUUCUUAAGCAAAGAUAGAUAGUGGCUAGCAGUGGAAUCCAGAAUGCGAUGGCGUUUGAAGCGAACGGUACUGUGCUCAAGUUCCAGAGUGAACAUCAACUCUGGAAUGCAGGUACCUCCAGCUGACGGGUCCCAAAUAGGACGAAACGCGUAUUCCGGAUCCCACUACUAGCCACUAUCCAUCUUUGCUUAAGAAGCUUGUGACUUAAGGCUGUAUCGAGGAUGCACAUAUGCCAACAUGAAACUGAUCAAUUGCAGUCCUAAAUAGCAAUGGGAAGAUUCAAGUAGGACAACAAGUGAAUUUACUGUAAGUUGUUAGAAAUAAAAGUAAUUUGGUUCAAAUUAGUUCCAUGAGUAAACGAUUUAUACUUAGCCUAGAAAUGUUAGGAAUUCAGCUUUAUACUCAUUUAAAUAAUACAUAUAUAUCAUUAUUUUAUCACUGUCAAUAAUCCACUAAAUGCGUAAUUAGUUUGAGAUUAUCAAGUCAAACAUUAUUAAUAAUACUCACAUGCAAGAACAUUAUUCAUUUUGGACUAUGAAAUCGAUAUCAACUAUCUCUGAGAUUUGAGUUGAAGAAUAUGUACACCAGAGUAAAUAUCAAUAAUGACCUGAAACCUUUGUAUUUAAACUUGAUGUAAAAAAUUAGCAGCAUUUUGUUUACAAACCUUAUAUGAUACUUGUUUACUAAAUCUUAACAAGUUACUAAUAAAAGAAAAAUGAGUUUCUGUAAAUACAAGCAACUUGGUAAACAGUUGGACAGUUGCAGUGAACACCUACUUAUUUUCGACCUUUUCAAGAAGUUAAAGAUCAUUUUACUAUUGAAAUUUGUUGUCGCCUGUGGUUACAAUAUUCUGUAGGUUCUACAUACUCUACUGUAAACUGCUAUACAUAGAUGUACAAUCAGUAAGAACAAAAUAUUUUGUGACUAACGAACAUAACGAUAUAUAUAACUAAAAAAUUAAUUGAAAACUAUUGUACCUAUGUAAAUAACGUUCAGUUGAUAUAAAUGACAAUUAAAUUGCGUCUCCAAGAAUCGAUACCUGUAUCCUACAAGGUUUGUAAUUUAGAUCAAACCACAAAUACAUUUAUACAAUGUUGGUCAAUUAAUUUUACCAAAUAUUUGACUUGAGGAAACAAAUAUUUAGUGCUUCUUACAUACAACAUUUACUCGUAGUUUAGUCCAAAUCAAUGGACAGGUUACAUCACGGUCCGAACAACAUUGAACGUUUCGUCUCAUUGGUUAUAUGCUUAUAAGCAAUUGUAUAGUGGACGAUUUAUGUAACCGGAAGGCACUUUGAUUCAGACAGUUUUCUUUAGUCUGAUAUGAUAUAAUAUUUCUUCAUUUAUAGUUUUAUUAACCUUAUUUCUUAGCGUGACUUGUAGAAUGUUAAGAACUCGAUGACUCAGAAAUCACUAAUGGUUGAUGGUUUUCUAAGCUACCUUUGAUGAUUGUAUCAUAUUGAAUGACGAAGUGCAUAAGUGCAAGGAAGAAACAUAAGAAUGAUUAUGUUGAAGAAGCUUCAUAUUAUGCAUAAUAAUAUUAGAGUUUAUCCAUUCGUCUUCAGUGAUGGCAUCAACACUAGGCGUUCGCUACAAAGUAAUCCGCACUUUACAUGUGGUAAACACUGUUUCAUUACUAAUGGUAGUUUAAAACAUCUAACCAUAUAGAAAAUAAAUUAUAUCACAUGAUAUCAAGCAUCUUUUGUUUAAAUGGAGUUUCUUUUAAUAUACAUUCUGCUAUUAUUGGCAAUAUGAUUUCCGAAAUUCUUCACCUAUCAGUUCUCUGCAACCAUACUGAGAAUCUUUUUUGAUUUUCUAACUUAUUUACCUUGUUAAAAAUAACCAUAUAUACGUUGUAUUGUAAAACCUAUAGAGCUUCAGAUAUCCAGUAAUUAGAUGUUUUUAUCUGAACAUGUCAUGUACACCUCCUUUACUGGUAUCGGGUAUGUGAUGGAAAGGUAAAUAAACAGCGUUUAUGAUAACAUUAAUUAAAACCUUGGGCUGAAGUAAAAAUCAACCAUUUAUUAAUUAAUCAUGCAUAUGCUGACUGUUAAACAGUCUUCACAGUGGUUAUAGAAUAAGUCCUCUGCCCAAAUAUUUUCCUGAUUAUUUCAAAUAGGCAUGUCGAUUUGGUCGUGUACAACAUUUGGAAAUUUUACUUGCCUACGGUGCUGAAAUUAAUGUACAAACAUCGAAGAACGGCAACACCCCACUUCAUAUAUGUGCAUACACCGGGCAAGAAUCCUGUGCUCGGAUGUUGUUAUUUCGAGGUGCUGAUAAAAAUAUAAAAAAUUUCAAUGGACACACGACUUAUGAACAAGCAAUGAUUUCUAAUCACAUAGAAAUAGCAGAUUUAAUUAAAGGUUUUCAUGAACAAGAUGUUGUUCCAAUUCGUAAUUAUCUAAAGCGUAAUCUUCGCCGAAGAUCAUUUUCACGUAUACGAUCACAGCAAAGGUGUUCUAGUAUGGGACGACUGAAUGACUUCUCAAAGCAAAAUGGAAUAACUGAAGUAGAUGGAUUACCUGAAUUUGAAAAAGAUCAUUGUAAUACACUUAAAGGGAACCACAUGAUAAGAAAUAAUACAUGGAUGAAUACCAGCAUAAGUGGUUAUCAGUUAAAUUCUAUAUCUGAUUCCAUAGAUUUUAAUGAUAAUAAAAAUUACAUGGCAACGUCUGAUGAUCAGAAUAAUCAUUUAAACCAAUCUAGAUCUGCAUAUAAUCUCAACAAACUAUCGAAUGGUAUCAAUCAGAAGUGCCAUGAUCCUAAUGACAUAGUUUAUCCUAACUAUUCAGCUACCAUGAGACCAUCCCAAAGUCGUCGUACAGGACGUUCAUCAACACCAGCAGCACCUCGUACAUCAAGUGAAUCCUUUAAAACAACUAAUUUACAGGACCGACACAGUACAUAUCGUCCAAGUUUAGAUCCAGCGUGGAUAUCUCAAACAAAUGAAAGUGGCUCAGAAACAGCAUCUAUCUUUAGCGUUAGUUCGUCUAUGCGGACUCCAUCCACGAAUAGUGUCAGGAAUGGAUCAGCAAUCUUGCAGUUGUUAUUGGCAAAUCGUGAUAGUAUUGCGGAUUUGGAUACCACCAACUUGCCUAGAAUGAUUGCACUUCAAAGAGGUCCGAAUGGUUUUGGAUUUGUUGUACGUGGUAAAAAAGGAAUAUCUGGAAAUUUUACACCAUGUCUUGAGUGUCCAGCAUCACAAUACCUUGAGAAAGUUGAACCCCAUAGUGCAGCAAGCAAGGCAGGUUUGAAAGCAGGUGAUUUUAUAUUGGAGGUAAAUAAUAUCAACGUUACUACAAUGUCACAUGAAGCUGUUGUCUCACUUAUUAGAGGUUCCAGUGAUAUUUUAGGUCUAAAAGUGAUAACUGUUGACUCGGAUCAAAUUAAUUCAACUCCCAAAUUAUCACAUCAAUCCGCAAAAAGUAACAAAUUUUACGAAUCUUCAGACAACAUUUACAGUUCAAAAGCAAAAAAGUCCAAUUAUGAGGAUAAGUUUUCAAACAAACAUUGUGAAUCUGUAGAAAAUCAUUGUCCUAGGAACACUGAAAAUGCUUACAAAACCAUUUGUAGAGACUCAUUUUAUAGAAAUCAGAAUAAUUUCUCAAUACUAUUAGAAAACUCAACAAAUAAAUCUUCGUCCAAUGAUUUUAUCUGUGGAGAAAAAUUAAAGUCUCUUCGACUAGAUCCCAGUCCAUCGGUAUCCUCAAUGGACGUACCUUCAUACAGAACACCAACCCCCGCACCACCAUCUAGUAAACCAGUUCUAACAACUGGAACUUUAUCUAAAAGUGUAUUCCAAAAUGGACCAUAUAAAAAAGCAGAAUGUAAUCUGACUAUUAGCUUAAAGUCCAGGCCAACACUCUCAGAAAAAACUUUCGAUUCUGUAAAUAAACCUGAAAAUUCUUUAUCCUUUGAUCAUCCACCUCCUCCAACUCCACCUCCUAUAUCUUCUAGCAGCAUAAAUUUAAUACCAUCUCCAUCGCCACUUAUGACAACUCCAAAUAAAACGUCUUCCAGUAUAAACUCUGAAUUGCCAACAGGUAUUCUGAAAAAGACAUCACAUGAUAAGUUUUCAGAAAGUAUUAAACCGUCUAAAAAUUUAGAAGAUGCUCGGAACCAGGAUAUUUGGUCAGAUCAGCUCUUACUCCCUCCACCCCCGCCUCCAGAGGAAUUUGAAUUAAAUGUUACUGAACCGGCGACUCAGCACUCUAAUUGCCAACAGAAUUCUAAUGGCUAUGACAUUAAUAAUCAUACUGCUUACAAAAGCUUUUCAUUAUCACAAACUGUUAAGAAAACAUCUUUUGAAGAUAACCUUAGAAGGGCUGUAGCUGAACGCCGUCGUCUGAUUGAAAUGGGUUCUGGAGAGGAUGACCAUGAUUCUGAAUCAAUACUUAAUAAAAGUUGUCAUAAUACAACGUAUACAGAGAAUAAUACCAGAACUUUAAAACAACAAGCAGAAAUUGUUUCAUCAAAUGAAAAGUCAUUUAAAACAGCUGCAGAAAAACUACAUUUUCAGACAUUAUCUAGUAUUUUACCAACGAACAAUACUAUUCCUCCGCCGGAAAAUUUUAAAGAUUUCGAUAACUCCAUGAACAAAGUUCAUUGUAAUACGGAACUAAAUAAUGACAAAGUUCCAAUAGCAACUAAACCAAAGCUUCCAUUAAUACAACCAUCUUAUACUAAAAACGUAAACACAAUUCAAGGUUCAAGAACUAUUGAGCAAAGUAAACUUAAUUCGGUAAACUCAUUGACCAAUAUCAGCUGUAACGGUGCUCAUAAAACUGAUUUGUUGCGAGAGAUCUCGACAUUUAAACAGAACACUGUUACAGAAACGAAAACGAGUUCUGGAAAAUCUAUUGGUCAUCCUAGAUCCACAACACCCUCAUCGCUUCAAUCAUCAUCUUAUUUUAUUUCUGAGGUUCCUAAAAUAAUGUGGUCUACUAAAUAAAAUCAUUUCAAGAAAGUACAGUAAUCUAUCUGUUGAUUAAAUUUCUUUCCUGUUACUAUGUUAAUGAAACAGAUUGUUAAUACAUGCUCAGAUUCUUAUUAUCGUACAAAACUAAGUACUUUUCAGAAAGUCUUUUUUUUUUUGACAAAUGAUAAAUUGGUCAAGUUGUAAAAAGAACAAAAACAGAAACCAAAUUUAGGCUUGUCAUAACAUAGAAAAUUGUUAACAAUAUCCAAUUAUUUAGUUUUCAUAGAGUGAAAAUGCCUAGUAUUCAUUUGUUCAUCCAAAUAGGCAUGUUCAUUGGGUUAACUAUUCUAGCGUUCAUUUCUUAUUUAACAAUUAUUCAUAUCUAUGAAAUGUUUUACUAAACAAUAAAUACCACAUACCACAUUAUUGAGAAGUGUGAAAUAAUCUCGACAAUUCUUCAUUCAUGUAGUUACUUAUCUUAAUUAAAACCACACAUUAAGCUGUACUGAUCUCUUGAAGUAAUGAUUAAUAUCAAAAAUAACGGAUUUUCAUUCGUUAAUGAUAAAUAAUAAUGUUUUUUUUUCAAAUUCAAAUAAUUGUUUAUUAAAAGAAUAUAAUUUUUAAUUAAAAUGAAAUGAACAAUUAUAUAUAUAUACGACUGGUUA